GAAGUUACCAGAUUCAUCUCAUCAGUUGCAGCAUAGUGGACUACAGUCAGACAGCCAACGUGUGUUUAGUCGAGAAGACACCAGGAUAACCGGCUAAUAACCGAUCAAGUCUUUGCUCUGAAAGCGGAUUUGGAUUUUAUGUACAACAUGACAUUUGAAGAACUAAGUGGGGAUUAUUCUCAAGAAAGGUAAAUAAUACCUAACAGUACUGAUUUGGUUUACUUAUGUCUGAUUUUUUCCGUGCAUGUGUUACUCUGUUCAUCUGCUGCACUGCUUUGUAUGGAGUAACGUCACAUGCAUCCAUGAAUGCAUUAUGGAAAUGCUCAUUCCUGCUCUAACUGGCGAUUUAAAGCCUGCUCAAAGCUCAUAAAAGCUUUAAUUUCAAACAUAAUGACAUCUUUUAUGAGACUGAUGUUAUAAUACACGUUUUCAUAAGUUUUCUCAGUGCUGCAAAGUUUCUAAAAGGCAACGACAAUGUCAGAACAGCUAAAUAAACAGUUUGAAUCUUCCUCUUUCAUUUUUAAUAUCUAUUAAACCAUUAUAUCCGCAUAAACUUGGUAACUGUCGUCUUGACUUGAUAUGUCGCAAUUGACCUGUACCGGGGUUAGCUUACAGACGGGCUAACGCUAGCAAGACUGUAAGCCGGUGGAAAGUUUCUCCCGUGGUUUUAGUGACCGUGUUAACGUCGAGUUCUCUGUUGGUGUUUUGCAGAAUGGAUUCAGUGGCGAAGGCUCUCGAAGAAGUCCUCACCUCGGCGUUACCUCAGGGCUGUAUAACAGUCGGAGUGUAUGAGGCUGCCAAAUCUCUCAAUGUGUAAGUACAAGGUUAUAUCAGCAACCAUAAAGUCACAAACAAAUGGCAAACAUCUCUCUUACAUACUCUUAACAGUCAGGAAUACUUUUGGCUUAAUGUCUAACAGUCAGUUGUAUACAGUGUUUGAUUAAAAUGCAAUUAAACUAAUAUAUUUAUUCUUUCUUCUCCCUCAUCAGAGAUCCUGAUAACGUGGUUCUGUGCAUCCUGGCCACCGAUGACGAGGACGUCAAAGAUGUGGCCCUGCAGAUCCACUUCACCCUCAUCCAGGCUUUCUGCUGCGAGAAUGACAUCAACAUCCUGAGGGUCAACAACACAAGGCGUCUGGCCGAAAUACUGGGUGGAGGAAGCAAUGGAAAACAGAGUGGGGGUGAACCUAUGGACCUUCACUGUGUCCUUGUUACUGUAAGUAUCUUUUCAUCAAUUAAAAUGUGCUGUACCCACACCACUUUUUUUUUUGACAAAAUUGUGUACAAGAGAAUGAGUGAAACUACUUUUCAAGAAGAACUUGUCUGUACUUGUAUUGUGCAUUCAGUAAACAUGUGCAUAACUCCUCCCUCACAUGACUUCUGAGGAAUUUCAGUUGAGCAUAAUCACGUUUCCCUCUCAUGUCUGCACACUCAGAGAUUGUUUGUAAUGUAGGGCAGUCUAGACCUACAUGAGUGUAUUAAUGUGCAUUUAAUAAUCGAUUAUUUUUUUGUUCAUAUCCGCAGAGCCCACACUCUACAUCAUGGAAGGACCCUGCUUUGAGCAAAGUGAACCGAUUCUGCAGAGAGAGCCGAUGCAUGGACCAGUGGGUGCCCAUCAUCAACCUGCCUGAACGAUGAACUUGUGGCUGCAAAUGGACUGUAACCUGCACCCAGUGCGUGGUGUGAACCCUGAUGGACACAUUACCACCCAGAGAUCAAAUUCCAAAGCAUUGCUCAUGGGGCGAGAAAAAAAGGAGGAUAAAAUAACCUGCUGUCUACAUGGGGUGUAUUUAAAAGAGAGAAAAAAGGAGCAGAAGGAUGGAUAUCCACUUUGGACAGGACUGUUUGGAGUCGUGUUUGUCUGUUGGAGAUGGUUAAACAGUUGUGCUGUCAUGAGGAGGGGAAAAAAAAGCAUAUGUGUGCUUUUUAAUGUAACACCGGACACUGUACAGAUGGAUUGUAUCAUGUGUGUUUGGUAAAGCCUCUGUGACACGUCAGGAGAGUGGAGAGAAACCAGAAAACAGAGCUGUUGAGUGGACCAAGGCCUCUGCCUCUCUCUGCAGAAACAAAGCACUUGUUGAAACACUGGACCUUUUGCAAUUUCACUUAUAUAAUUUCAGUUGUUAGUGUUAAUGUUCCUAUUGUUGUAAUUUAAAAAGGGAAGGGCUACACAUCCAGUGAAGACAUUCUGUGUAUUAAAUGUUUUCUAUGCCAGCUGUUUUUUGCGACAAGUGAAAUGAUUCAUUUGUUACAAUUUAAGUUAUUUCUAAUGAUAUUUAAGUGUAUUUAUGUUUCAUUUUUCUACCUAAAAUAUAUGAAUAUUUGCAGAAUCUGAAUUCAUAUGUAUUGCUGUCAAUAAAAAGUAUUUUUUUUUGAGCCAGAA